GCCUGGUGAAUAUUCUAACAGCAAAAGCUAAAGGAGCAUCAACAGUGUGUGUCACUGAUAUUGACGAAGCUAGGCUGAAAAAGGCUAAAGAGAUUGGAGCAGAUUAUGUGAUAAAAAUAAACAGCAAAGAUCCGUUAGUUGCUGCCCAGGCAAUAGAGGAGACAGUUGGUGAUAAAGUAGAUAUAAGCAUAGAAUGUAGUGGCGCUGCACAAAGUAUUCAGACAGCUAUUUGUGCAACAAAAUCUGGAGGUGUAGUUGUUUUGGUUGGACUUGGUCAGGAUACGGUUGAGUUACCAAUUGUUAAUGCGGCUAUCAGGGAGGUGGACAUCAGAGGCAUAUUCAGAUAUGUGAACUGCUACCCUACAGCCUUGGCCAUGGUAGCCUCUGGGAGGGUUAAUGUUAAGCCACUCAUAACCCACCGCUUCAAGCUGGAGGAAUCUCUUCAAGCUUUUGAGGCGGCUAAACGAGGGGAAGGAAUCAAGAUAAUGAUUAAAUGCAAUAAAUAAUAAUGACAAUCAUUCCUGAACUCAGCACCACAAAAAUGUGUCAUUUAUGAUGCUGUGUGACAAGUCAACUUCUGCAACUCAGAACUUUAUGCCUUCCUUUUUGAUGACGUUUUUAUAUUCAGAAUACAAAAUUUGUUUAUGUUUUUAAAUUAUCUGUACUUUUACCUGUUAUUUUAUUUUGAACUUACAACAUGUUAAACAAUUUAACUCUUGUCUGUACUGCCAUCAGCAUUUGUUGUACUACACAUUUUUUUAUGUUUAUGAAGUGUCUAUAUAUAAAUACAUUUUAUUAGUAAUGGAGCAUUUAAGAUUUACACUACAAUAUAUUACUUUGGUUUACUUAUGUGGUAUUACUGUUAACAGAUGAAAUGUAAUUUUUUAAAAAUUAUUUGUAUGAAUGGAAAUGGGUUGACCAGAAUAAAAGAGGGUAACAUACUUAGUCAAA